CUUCACAUGCUGCACAUAGACAACUUUCUUUUUUUUUUUUUUUUUUGCUUGAAAAGCCAACAACAACAACAUUUCCUUGGAGUGUGCGUUUGUCCAUUGUCAUCGUAUUUGUAGUCUUCCUUUGGCCUCUUAUCACAUGCCAUUACAUUUAACGAAAAAGGAAACAACAAAAGCAGCCGUAUUGGUCCUCUCUCACUCUUCCUCUAUCUCUUUUCAUCUCCUGCCGGUGUUCUUGCAUUUUUGCUUUUAUGGACUUUCAUCUUCUUAUCCUACACUCAUGGAUAACUACUCUUAAACACAACGACGCUAAUUUACAAUUGCAAAGAAUUUUCACGACACCGUCCUACGAUUACUUCAAUAAAAUAGCUUUUGUUGCUAUAAUACGGAGCCAAAUAAUAAUAAAAUUGUUUAUGCGGAUGUAAAUUAAAAAUCAUUGAUUAUCACAUUAAAGAGCUUAUCCGGGACAUCAUGUUAAAACGUUCCAAGUCGAGUCGACGUAACCAUAGAUCUUCGAACGUGGUUACCAAACUCCUACAGCAGCAACGUUUGGACUUAAACGAGGACAACAACAGAUGCAGUGACGGCGACUCUUCGCAAUCUUCGAGAACCGCUGUACAACCGCUUUUCGCAUCCGUACAUCGAACCAACAGACAUGUGGGUUUAAAACGUACGAAUGAUGAUCCAACAACAAAUACACAGCUGCUGCAAGGGUCGACAGCCGCAAUGACGACAACAACGGCAACAACGAAAACGACGACAACAAUGCAAAUGCAAAGACCAACUUACCAACAGUAUCAGCAGCAAAGGAGAACGCAAUACCAACGCAAUCAACAACAGCAGCAGCAGCAGCAACAACAACAAACAUAUGAAAUUGAAAAUGUUGCAUUACCACAGAAAACAGUUAAAGGCAAAAGCUUUGUCUAUGAGAGGCAACAACAAAAGCAGAAUCAAAUGCACUCAACCUACUUAAAUGGAAAUUUAAUGCAGGCUAACGUAGUGCACAAUGCGAGCGGGCAUUGCGGCAGCCGCAAUGCUGAUGGCGUUCUUUUAGUAUCGAAAUCUUUAAAUUCGGAGCCAAAAAUUAGUCGCAUACCAACACAACAGGUAAAUAUGCCACAACAAAUGCAACAGCAGCAGCGUCAACAGCAACAACAACAGCAAGAGCAAGAACAGCAGCUGCAGCAGCCGCAGCGAACAGCUUUAACAACCGUUAAUCAAAUUUCUAGAAGUGCGACAACUUGUCUAAAUGACAUUUACGAAAGGAACUCAUUAAACCAAACAACGUUUAUGGCAAUCGAAGACAAACAACGUUUGACCCAAGGACAACAAAUCCAUCACCAGGGGAAGCAAGUUGCAAAACCUUCACAUCCAAUGUGGCAACAAAAGCACCAUAAACCAACACAUUUCUUAAAAUUGCCUGCUCCACCACCACUGCUGCCAUUGACCCAUCAACCUAUUGGCGCCGGUUACCCGCACUAUUUUCAAUUUUCGGAGCCGUACACAGAACCGAUGGAUUCCAAAAAUCAUUUUCUUAACGAACCACCGCCACCUGCUCCGUUAAAUCACGUUUACGAGACCAUUAAGGAGAGGUCGCCUAUAUCACCACCGCCCCCCGAUCGUUUACAAGCUAUUAACAACACGUUACCACCCCCUUUGCCACCGUCACGUUUAGUUAAGAAGAAAAUUAUACAAGCCAGUAGCAAUCAAAGUCGGUCUCAUAAGACGCAUAGAAAAUCGUCGACGGAAAAGGAAGCUGAGAAGAAAGGCUACAGCAAAAUGUUCGCCUCACAACCACCGGCAUACACAGCACCGCCAGCUUUAGUUAUGUCGACUAACAAUUCCAAUACUCAAGCAUCGACGAAACAAUAUAAUCUUCAGCAGCGUACUAAAGCUGAUGGUGAACAAAAAUCCUACAUUUAUCAGCAGUUAAAAGAACAAAAACAACAGCAACAACAACAGCAACAGCAGCAGCAACAACAGGCAAAAAGCAACACAUUACAAAGUGAAGUACAUGAGAAGCUCUUAAAAAAUCCAAAUAUGAUGCAACAGAAACCAUCGCAACGUGAACAUCCUUAUUAA